AUGGCCUCGCUUUCGAUCAUGCGGGUUUUAAGAUUCAUGUUGGGCCCACCCGGCGUGCCGCUGUGGAUCGUCCUUGCCUUUGACACUAUCAUGCUGAUGAUCGUCCUUGGCGUUCUGCUUCUGCUGCUGCCCAAGACAGUGCUGGCCAAGUCGAAGCUGGUCCGUGUCGCUCGAAAUCGGCUGACGCGCUGGCUGGGCAGGAUAGUAGAGCUGUCCAUGCAGGGGCCGCUCGUAGCCGGGACCGUUUGGCUCGGCAAGAAGCUGGGCAAGGGCAGGCUCUCUUCGGUGCCAAAGGCGCCCCAUGGCAUCUCGGUGAAAGCUGACAGCAUGUAUGAGGUCACAGUCAAGAUCUCUCCCACGAAAGGGUGGAAUCUCUUCCACGAGGAGGACUUUGUGGUUGCGUUUGCCCGAGACGGCACCGAUGUUUGGGCAGAGCGGUCGUUCAGCAGAAUGGAGGACUGUGAGGACCUGAGUGGUAGCCUGAAAAAAGGCGACCGCUUCAAGAUGGUCAUUCCAGGAUUGCCUGCCUGUACCCGGAUAAAGUUCCGCGCCUGCGCCGUGUCCUACUGGGGGCGAGGGCCAUGGGGCAAAGAGGCAACUGCCUCGACCAUGGCAAAGCCCUCCGCAGAUCUUGGCUUUACAGGCCCAUUGGGUCCGGCGUGGGAAAAGACAGGCAGUGACAAGAAUGAGUACACCUGGCUGCAGACCAGAAAUGAGGUUCACAUCAGGAUACCCAUCGGCAAAGAUAUCCGAGGCAAAGAUGUUAAGUUUAAGGCUCUACCCCACCGCAUCCAAGUAGACCUUGCGGUCGGCGAAUCCUUGCAGCUGCUUCAUGGCCAGUUGGCACACCGCAUCAACUCUGAUGAUGCCACCUGGUACAUCGACGAGAGCAAGGACCAUGGGAGGUAUAUUCAAGUCACUGUCUUCAAGUUGGAGGCUUUGGAAAGGUGGACGCGGGUCUUUGAAGGUGACGAACAUCCAGAAGUUGAUCCACGCCUCAUCCAGUGGUUUGUCGACCCUCUAAAUCCAGGGACCCUGGGUGACUUAGAUGAGUAG